UGCGAAUUGUGUUUAUUAAUUGGAUACCGGAUAAAAGGUAGUUAAUCCAUGGGGAGUGCGGAAUAUGUUUUAUAGACGCAGAGUGCAUCACUCGGAAAGAGAUUGUCAACUUAUUAGAAGUUUAGAUUUAAAAAAGGACGCUAUCCAUUUAUAACAUUUCUCAUAAGGAUAGAAGAUGGGACAUUUUGUUUUGACAAUUUACAUUCUGUCUGCAAUAAUUAUGACAUGUAUGGGCUACCCUAUUAGUAACUGGUACAAGAUACUGGGCGUCAAUGGCGUAGAUGACGACGCAGCUGAGGCUUAUGCUCUUUUUGAUAUAGAUCCUAAAGGACCUGUUCCCAUUGGCGAUGAUGAUAUGACAUUUGAUUCAGAGCCAACCGAAGAUUCAAUAUACAACGAAAUUGUUAAGCAAAACAAACUAUUGUAUAAAAUAAAAAAUAUGUUAAACAUUUAUAGAGAUGUGCAUCAAAGAAACACGAAUGCAAUGAAGGAAGAUGUAAAUGCAAUUGGUAAACGAUAUGAUAUGAUGAUGAACAAAGACCUCAGAGGUUAUGAAUUUGGAAGAUGUCACCAUUCCUGUUCUGAGGCCAGGGAUCCGUUUCUAUGUAUGUCUAACUGCCGAUGAUGCGCACGCAACAUGGUUGGCACUCCAACAUCCAUUUCCUUGUUCUAGUUUCAUCGAUACUUGAGAAGAAAGGAUGUGAAAUAGUUCCACGAUGCUCCACCACGACAUUGAACUAACUAGAACUUGCUGUUUGAGACUUCUUGUUUAUCGUCUUGCGCACUUAUAUUUUUUAUUUAUUCUUCCAUAUGGUGCUAAAAUUUUGCGAUGAUUUUUCUACGAGCAAGAAGCAUACGCAGUCUUUCCAUUAACAGAUAUAUGAUAACAGAAGCAAUCUGGUGCCCAAUUGAGUGUGGAAUUCAAAAAGUAUACAUCCUCUGGAGCAUUUCCUCUUCAGUUUAAAAGGUGUGCAACAUUCCUGGCCACCGUCGUCUUGUUCAGUGACAUUGCCAUACAUACGUAGAGAGGGAUUUUCUCAAAUGAGAAGAGCAAAAUAUUUGUCAUAAUUGUUACAAAUAAAGAUCUCGUAUUGUUCAUA